CCGUCGCAGUCUUCGCGUUUACAGGUCAGUUUUUGUAGUUCCGUCAGUCCGUCUUCGCGCCCGCCACGCACUCGCUUACACAUUGUCCGUCUCGCGUAUUAUUCAGUUUUAUCAUAAUAAUAUCGUAGUCGUUUUUCGUUCCGUUUCUCCCCCGUCAACUGUAUCGCGUGUACGGUGUUCUUCUCACACAACGUUCGCAACCCCAAAGAUAUUAAAUCGGUGGUAUUAAAAUGAGAAGAAUCAACCGUCGGUUGGUUUUGUUAUCGAUCGUACUCGUGUGUGACGUAGUUAGUGUUUUCGGGAGACCUCAAGAGCCAAACACAGUUAGCAGCACAUUAAAAGAUGAUCUUGUUAACAGGAAAGAUGAUCGAAACACAACACCGAUCGUUGUAUUUGCAGAGACAGCUAUUAAUACAGGGAAUGCCAGGGCMCACACUACUAAGCCGCCACUGAUGGAUGAUUCUGUGAAGUCAGUUAGUGAUCAACUUCUUCAAACAUCCACAUCUAGCAAUGUCGUUGUAUCUUCAGAAAUUAGAACAGUUCAAAAAAAUGAAUCACCUGUAAAAGGAGAAGCGGUGCCUGUGUUAACUGAUGAAGAUGUACAUGCUGUAGGCCCUUACAGUUACAAAAUAUCAUCAGAUGGAUCCACAAGGCCAACAGGAGAUUUGUCUACUUGGAUUUUAUUGGGUGGUGAAUCUUCACCAGCACCGUUAAAUAUGGCUACAAUUAAAAAAGUACCUAAACCGGCUGAUACAACUACUUCUUCACUUUUACAGUCGUAUGAAACAACUACUACAAGAAAAAGAAAACCUACAACYGAAAAAAUGACUACACCUCAUUCCCCAGUUACCGAAUCACCGAUAAAGUUACAAGAUUCCAAAUUUAAAAAUAAGACACCAGUUAUUGUUGGAAAAAUCCCUAUUACAACUACAGUUAAAGAAAAAGUUGAAGAAGUGACCACUCCUCUUUCUGAACUACCACCCCUUGACAAUAAUACAAGAUUUGGAACCCCUGUUGUCACAUUUCCUCAUGUACCACCUAGACAGAGGCCCUCUGCAAAUAAUACUAAAAAAACAGAAAAACCUUUAACAACAAAAAUAACUUCUACAGCCGUUGUUAUUUCUAAACCUUUAAAUAAUACGAUGGCAGUAUCUUCUACUACUGUGCCCACCGUUACUAUUACUACACCAACGUCUUCCACAACAGUUUCAAAUCUAAAUGUUACUGAAAUUGUAGAUAAUCUCACAGAAUCGAGUAAUUCUACUACACAAAACACUUCAUUAAAAAAGAAGAAAAAGAAGAAGAAUAAAAAUAAGCGUAAGCCUGUUAAAGUUUCUAAUGAUGACGCUGAAAGUAAAAUCGAUGAACAGAGUACUAAAAUAACUCCAGGUCGACCAUUAUCAACUCGAAUUUAUAAUUAUUUAGCUCGUGAAGUUAUGCCCAAUGUUGGAGUUGGUUUAGUUGGUUUGAUGUUGACUGCUGGUUUAGCAGGGUUACUGUUAUAUUCACCAUUAGGAGGAGCUGCUAUACCUAUGGUACCAUUAAGACGCACUGAUUCUCACGUACAUGGUCAUAGUCAUGGGCAUAGUCCUGGUUAUGUUCCUCCUGAAACUGACAACUCUCAACCAGAAGAACAAGUGUUCGGUCAAGUACUGUCUGGAAUGUCUUAUGGUCAUAAUCCGUAUGGUAGAGAACGUCCUGACGCAGUUCCUAAAUACAAGUCAUCUUAUCAACCAUCUGAAUACCCUGCCGUUCAUGAUGUACCGAAAUACAAUUCCCAUGACACUAAUAAAUAUUCUGCUCACGAUGUAACUAAAUAUGUCGCAACAGCCGAUACAACUAAAUAUUCUACACACGAUGGAACUAAAUACACGAUUGUCGAGAGUACUAAAUAUUCGCCCCCUGACACUAAUAAAUAUUCAGCUCCAGAUACAUCGAAGUAUUCGACAAUUGAUGUAAGUGCUACUCAAGAUAAGGCACCAUAUACUCCUUCAGAUGCAUCUGAGGGACCAGCAUUUGAACAGACACAAGACAGCCAAGAUGAUACUUACCAAAAUCACCAUUAUGAUGAACUCAAGUUUGAUUCAUCCAACGCUUACGAACAACCUAAGUAUCAGAGUACUUCACAGAUGAAGGGAGUGUAUAAAGAAGAUCAAUCUGUUUUUGAAGCGCCGAAGUACCCAGGAUAUGUUCAAGAUGUACCUAAAGAAGAAGCUGUAGCUGUAAAUUAUAAUUUUGAUAAUCACCGAAUUGAUGAAAAAGAAAGUUCUACCACGUCAUCAUCAGAUCCAACGUUUUCUGCACUUCAAGGUAUUCCAAAAUUCUAUGAACAAAGUAUAAACCCUGAACAAAUAUCUGUUAAUGUACACCAAACUAUGAAAAUGGAACACGGACCUCGUAGUUUAAGAAUAAGGCGUCAAGUAGACGAACAUAAUGAAAUUGAUGCUCAAUUACCUGAUGAAACUACAAUUAAUCCUACCAAAACUACUGUUGAUAAGAGUGCUGAAAAUCAAACAGUUGAUGAUAUCGAAUCUUCUACCACCACAUCUACGUCAACUGUUUCGACCAAAAUACCUGACUCGUCCGAAUCGCCUACUGUGAAUAACAACCAGUUUUCGUUAAUAGAUCUUUUAAGAAAAGUAGCUGAAGUCAAAUUGAAAAUGGGAAUUGAAAUCUUAAAAAACACAGCAGCUAGUUUCACGCAAUAUGUAAAUGCUAUACAGAGAAAAAUGACACAUAUGGUUAGGAAUCUACAAAAGUCCAACGACAGACAACAGCCAGAGAACAAACAGGAACAAAAUUCCGAGUCAGAUUCUAAUGUAUCCAAUGAUAAACGACAACGAAGAUCAAUUAGACAUAGAAUUUAUUCAAAUUAGUUACUUUUAAGUGGAGUUAAAAUAAGAUUGGUGAUAUGAUGGGAAUGUACAAUGAACUGGGGGAUUUCUCUUAUAAUAUUUUCAAGACUAAAAACUUUAACUAAAAAAUGUCCAUACAAUAUUCUAUGGAUUUUUUUUUAUGAU